AUGGGUUCCAAAGAGUCAACAUAUCCCCAGAAAUAUACUCCUCUUGAUGUGAACCAAGAGAACAUCCCUAGCUUUGGCAAUCACAAGUAUCUUCCCAACGCAGAGUGA